AAAGAGGCUUACUUGCAAGAAAAAAUAUUCGUAAUAGAUAUCUUCUCAUGGGUAGCGAAUAUCAGCGUAUAUAUUUUUGAAUACACGGUUUAUAGUUGGGUUAGUCAGUUUCAGAUAACAUUAGCUACUUGGCAUCGUGACUCUGUUACGUUAUCUCACCGAAAGCUAACAUUAAUGCUAAGCUAUUUCUUCAUUUCACAGACUGUAGUUAACGUUAGGGUCGUUUGCAUAUCGUUACUGUCAGCAUGACUAACGUACAUUUUUUUGUGUUUAUAACAGAAUAACACUUUGGGGACGUUGCUAACGUUACUCCAAACGCACGUAUUUUCUGACCUGAGUGAGUCAUGGGCAAAAGCUGUAAAGUGGUUGUGUGUGGCCAGGCUGCAGUUGGUAAAACGGCUGUGUUGGAACAACUACUGUAUGCCAAUCAUGUUGCAGGUUCAGAGCCCAUGGAGACCCUGGAGGAUAUCUACAUCGGCUCCAUAGAGACUGACCGCGGCACACGAGAGCAGGUGCGCUUCUAUGACACCCGCGGACUCCGGGAUGGGAUGGAGUUUCCUCGACAUUACUAUACUUUUGCCGAUGGCUUUGUACUAGUUUACAGCAUUGACAGUAAAGAGUCCUUUAAGCGGAUGGAGGCCCUCAAGAAGGACAUUGACCGUCACAGAGACAAGAAAGAGGUGACCAUUGUUGUGCUGGGUAACAAGCUGGACAAGCAGGAUGAGAAGAGAGUUGACUCUAACAUGGCCCAGAACUGGGCGAAGAAUGAGAAGGUACGUCUGUGGGAGGUGUCGGUGGUGGACCGGCGCACACUGAUUGAACCCUUUGUCUACCUGGCCAGCAAAAUGACCCAGCCACAGAGCAAGUCCACUUUCCCUCUCAGUCGCAAUAAGAAUAAGGGCAGCGGUUCUACAGACAGCUGAAUGACCAGAAACAUGUUGUCAUAACAGAACUUAGUUUCACUAUAAAAAAGAUAUUAUGAAGGAUUGAGGUAGUAAGAGUUGGUUUGGAGAAGGUGGAGAAGCAGUGACGAGAGAAAAGGCAGGAUGAGUGUAUGGAUAUUUAUGUACAGUUAGUGCCGUUUUUAUUGGUAUAGCAUCCCAAUUUGAUGUUUUGGUGAAAUACUUUUAUUAUAACACAUCAGCUAAGAAAUUGAAGAAUGCAAGAAUUUUUGUUUAUCAUUCCCAUUUUAUUAGGUUGGAAUAUAGUCAAACUAUUCAUCCACAUUCUUUACAGUUACUGUUGACAUCAGCAGUCAUGUUUGGACCUACAUAACUUGUUUUUGAACUACUGAUGAUCAAUAUUAUGAUCUCAGUUUAUACUUAAUAGUUUCAAGAUAUCACACUCAUGGCGCUCACUGUGUAGAUAAAUUAGGACUUACCAUACACUGGCAACUAUUUUAUUUACACAUGUUACCUAAUUAUUGCAUCACAUAAAUGCUGAAUUUCCCAUGUUAUAAACUGUAUGAUGGAUGAAGGGAUUUUAUUGACAAAUUAUUGAUUAUGUACAGUAACUGUUUGUGGAUCCGGAGAUUUGUUACAUUAUGUUCUUUGCUGAGAUUCACUAUUGGAUGUUGAAGAGUGCAUGAUUCACAUUCCUUACCACAUAUUGCCUUCUGUACAGACUUUAGAGAUUUAAAUAUGAGAUAAAAGACGAUCAGAUGAAAGGCAGCUUCUGCGGGCCCAGGUGCUACUUUUUUUCUGGUUGCGACACAUGAAAGACGUAGACCACUCUAUUUAGUUACAUGUCACAGCAACAGGACUUGUCAUAGUAUCAGUUAGUCACUGCUGAAUUUGAAGCUGGUGUAUAUUUUACCAAGCUGUAAAAUAAAACCCAAAAGUAUUCAUUAGCUGACAUUUGAACUGGUUAUUAAGGGUGCAGCAUAAGUCAACAAAUGAGCAGCUAUAUGAGCAGCUUUUAAUGUUUUUUUAAUUGAAACGGGGAAAUUUGUUGAUAUUGUCUUGACUAUUCGUGUGUUUGUGCCAGAGUAUCAACGCUACAUAUCCUACAAGCAACUUUUAUGUUUUUGUUUUCAAGUAUUAAUAUCCAUGAAAUUUGCUCACAUGAUAUUUGUUAUCAUGUUUUGUAAAAAAAUUAAAUGAUUUCUUUCUGCCUAACCAGAA